GCAGCGCAGUGGAAACGCGCGUAUAUAUAGCAGCGCUUGGUACGACACUUUGGGGGCGUCGUCUGAUGAAAUUGUGAAGACAGGACAAGCGUUUGCGACUGGUAGCAUGGUCAACGAGAGCCUGCCGAGGUGGGUCCCAGACCCAGACGACCAGCUGGUGCACAUCAACGUCGGGGGCCUCAAGCGGAGCCUGUGUUCCAGCACGCUGCGCAAGUUUCCCGACACACGGCUGGGCCGUCUGCUGGCCUGCGACUCCGAGGAGGCCAUCCUGCAGGUGUGCGACGACUACGACGUGCAGCGGAAGGAGUUCUACUUCGACCGCAACCCGGGCCUCUUCCCUUACGUGCUCCACUUCUACCAGACCGGCAAGCUGCACAUCAUGGAGGAGCUCUGCGUCUUCUCCUUCUGCCAGGAGAUCGAGUACUGGGGCAUCAACGAGUUCUUCCUGGACAGCUGUUGUAGCUACCGCUACCAUGACCGCAAGCUAGAGAGCCGGCACAAGAGCUGGGACGAGGAGAGUGACGUGAGCAGCGUGGACACCUCGGUGGACGAGAUCUCCGACCUCAACAAGGACAUCCAGCACUUCCAGGACAUGCGCUUCGGCAACAUGCGAAAGUGCCUCUGGCUGACGCUGGAGAACCCGGGCUACUCCAUCCCCAGCAAGCUCUUCAGCUUCCUGUCCAUCGGCGUGGUGCUCACCUCCAUCGCCACCAUGUGCAUCAACAGCAUCCCGGAGUACCAGCACUUCGACGAGAACGGCAAACUGAUGGAGGACCCCACCAUGCAGGCCCUGGAGCUCUUCUGCAUCUGCUGGUUCACCUUCGAGGUGGUGACGCGCAUGCUGCUGGCGCCCAACAAGAACAAGUUCUUCCUGCACCCCCUCAAUGUGAUCGACCUUGUCUCCGUGGUGCCCAUCUACGUCACCUUCUUCUUCGACCUGGUGGCGGGCAGCGAGUCCGAGCUGGGCAACCUGGGGAAGCUGGUGCAGGUGUUCCGGCUCAUGAGGAUCUUCCGGGUGCUGAAGCUGGCCAGGCACUCCACUGGCCUGAGGUCCCUCGGGGCCACACUGCGGCACAGCUACCGUGAGGUGGGCAUCCUGCUGUUGUACCUGGGGGUGGGCGUGUCCGUGUUCUCGGGCAUGGCCUACACGGCGGAGUACGAGAUGGACGUGGGGCUGGACACCAUCCCGGCCUGCUGGUGGUGGGGCACGGUCAGCAUGACCACGGUGGGCUACGGCGACGUGGUGCCCGUCACGGUGGCCGGCAAGCUGGCCGCCUCCGGCUGCAUCCUGGGCGGCACUCUGGUGGUGGCCCUGCCCAUCACCAUCAUCUUCAACAAGUUCUCCCACUUCUACCGCAAGCAGAAGGCCCUCGAGGCCUCGGUGCGCAACAGCAACAAGAAGAGGGUGAGGACGCAGGCAGAGGGCGACGCCAGCUCCGAUGGGGACAGCCAGUGCUUGGAGGAGCUGGAGGAGGAUGAGGAGGACGAGGAGGGCGGGGUGGUGAACUACAGCUACAUAGACAUCCCCCCUCCCUUGGAGAGGAGUAGCCCUGUGGUGCGAAGGAAGGAGCUUCACCACCUCUGA